CCCGCGAAGCAAACCCUAGCUUGCCUCCGCCGACGACCUGAAACGCUUGUAACUGCCGAUACAAGACUGGGCAGUGUGGCCUGUUUUGGGGGGGCUUGAUUUUGGGAGGGAAGUCAAAAAGUCGCUGCUCGUAUCGCGAUUCGUAUAAAAUCUGUGGCAUAUCGAGUGAAACUCUGAAUCUGGUCGCCAUGUCAACUUGAAAGGGCGAUCCUGUUAGAUGAUGAAGGCGUUUCACGCCGGUUCAGAUGAUGGUAGUGAUGGAACGUCGUACGUGGCCGGAGAUCCAUAGGGCUGCACCGAGGAAGUUGUACGGGGCAGCGGAGGCAGAGAUCGGGUCUCGGGUGUUUCCCUUGCCGGCUCCGCCGGUUCCGUCCAUGCCCUCAGUGGGGACCCGUCGAUCGACGAGGGUGUUCGUUCCCAAAAUAUCCUCUGGAGUGGCGGAUGUCAAUGCCAGCGGACGCAGGGGCUCCAGGGUCCUCCGAUCUGGGAAGCGGCUUGCGGUUAACAAGAGCACGGAUGGGUGGCAGGAGGAUUUUGGCAGCGGCGGAGCGCCCUUGCUCCUUUGGGGGAAGGUGGAAGAGGGGGACAGGAACCGCCUUGGAUUUUCCGCUGAGUGCGAGGAGCAGGAAGCACAGAUGACUAAUGGUGUUGUGGUUGAGAGUGUGUCACAGAAGUUAGAUGAUCCAGAGGAAAAUCUUGAAUCUUUGCAAGCCAAAAAGUAUGCAAUUGUUUAUGAGCGUAAGAGGCAGAGACAACUCUCAGAUAGUGCGGCAUCAUCAUCUUCUUCUGUCGCUGAUGCGACUUCUCAUAUGAAUAGAAGGUUUGGAAUUGUGUAUGUGCCUAAACGACACAGGAAGAAAUCAAAGGUGACACCUUUGCCGCAAACAAUCGAGCAAACUGCAGCAAUUUUUGGCGUGGAUUUUGGGUUGGCGUCAAGGAAACCAGUGGUUUUGAGAAGGGGGUUGAGAAUUUCAACUUUGGCAGAGAAUUUUGCAAAGAAGGUUGGCAUUAGAGAAAACAGCUUGCACACUGGCGUCACUGAUCCUGUGGUGCUCUUGCUUAUUGCUGAAUCCUCUCAUGCUAAUUAUUCACAUUUGAUUUCAAGACUCAUCAUCUGCAUGCUUAAAUGGAUGAGGGGAACUACUGCACCACUCGUGGAACUUGUUGCCUUCAUAUUCUCUGGGUCAUUUGCUAGUAUUUUCUCUGAGCAAGGAGUACAUAUAUUACCUCUCAGGGGGCGACGUGAUAAUGUUGUUUUCACAACUCCCAGGUUUUGUAGGAUAUAUGAUAUUAAACAGUCUAUACCAAUAAUCUGGCUUGACUAUUUGGCACUAGCCUCAUUCUUUAGGAGUUUGCAUGUCAGUAUGCUUCUACGUUCCCUUUAUUUGCCUCACUUCAUUUUGAGAUAUUUAAAGUGCUCCCAUCUUAUCCCUUCUGCUGCUGCCAUUUGCCAAGGAAAUGAUUCUAUUGCUCGUGCGAAAGAAGAUUCUUUGGGAAUUGUAUUCUCUGGGACUAGUGUCAUGCAGAGUCCUGAGAAAAGUGUUAAUCAUGAUGCUUAUACAUCAGGUUCACAAAAUGCAAUUACAUUGUCAGGUUUCAGUAAGCAUAGCAAGAAGAGAAGCUUCUCUAGGUAUCUCAGAAGUCGGAACUUGGCUUUAAUGAGAAUGCAAGCUGGUCCACAGUUUUCAAGGCAGUCCAAGUUGAAUGACAGUGGUGCUACCUUUGAAGGGAAACAGGAAGGCCUCCAGGCAGUUAUGAAACCUGUCUCUAUUGAAAUACCUGAUCAUGGUGUUGAGGACUUGCUCAGUUUCAUAGAUGAGAGUGAUGCCUCUACUCCCCUCAGUGUUCCGAGACACAGGAAAUCUGUCAAGAAGAGCCCCAUGGAGCAGAACAAGGAACUGAAAUACGCUUUAGCAGAGGUGAAGCAGAACAUAGACUCUGUGCAUUGCCGUGCAAAUGUCCUAGUCACUGAUGUUGACAGGUGUUGGAGAGAAGAAGGUUUUGAGGUCAUGUUGGAGUUAUUAGGCUCUCAGGAAUGGGCUAUAGCAGUUAAGUUUCAGGGUGAAGCAAUGUAUCUUCACAAAUCUUUGGACAUAAGGCCAUGUGUUGUUAAUCGGUUCACCCAUGCUUAUAUGUGGGCUGGAGAUUAUAGGUGGAAGCUUGAAUUUUUGGACAGGUGGGAUUGGCUUGUAUUCAAGGAAUUGCAAAUGGAGUGUUGUGAGCGCAACCUUCAAGAGUCUUCGUCUAGGAUGAUUCCAGUGCCUGUGUUCGAGGAGGUCUCUGGCUAUGAGGAAGGUUCUGAUGCAAAUUUUUCACGACCUGAUGUGUAUAUCAAAAUUGAGGACGAUGAAGUACAACGAGCUAUAUCGAGCAAAGUAGCUAGGUAUGAUAUGGAUUCUGGUGAUGAGCAGUGGUUGACCAAGCAUAAUUCAAGUAUUCAACAUGCAAAUGUUGGUCCAGAUAAUGAUAUUUCAGUAGAUGAAUUUGAGAAAAUAAUUUAUGCAAUGGAGAAGGAUUCAUACAGAAAUGUGGAUGAUGUAUUUGAUAAAGAAAAGGCACUAAAUCAUUAUCAGCAUUUUGGAAAGAGAGAGAGGUUGCUUUCUAUUUAUGAUUAUUGGACAAGAAAGAGAAGCAAAAAUCAUUCUGCUUUGGUUAGAGAAUUUCAGGGUCAACCUUUAAGGCCAGCACAGUUUAUACAUAAGCCUGUUCUCCGCAAAAAGAGAUCACUCAAGAGGAAACGGAGUCAGACAAUAAAAACAAAGUCAGAGGUUUUAGAACAAGUACAUGAUGGGGCUUUGAGGAGAGUUCAUGAAGCAGAAAAUGCUGCAAAAAGGGCUUCAGAGUUUGCUCUCCAAUUGCGAAGUAGAGCUCAAAUCUUGAUGUCGAAUGCUGAGCUUGCAAUGUACAAAUCAGUUAUGGUUCUAAGAAUUGCAGACUUCAUCGAAGCUACUUCAGAAAGCAAAGAUCCUGCUUCAGUGAUUUUGGACUGAGUCGAAGAAUUCAAGCUCAGAUUAUCUACAAUUUGCCGUGUUGUCAGUGACUCUUGGUUCAGGGGUCAUCCUUGAUUUCCAGAGAUUGUUUGGUGGCGCCGAAAACAGUCAAUUUCUUUGAUAUUCCUUUUAUGGUUUUUGGUGUGCUGCUUGAUGUUUCACUGGUUGUAUGUGAUUGGUGGGUUACUCCUGAAGCCAUUUUUGCGACCGGUUCCCAGAAUUUAGGCGUCCGGUCAAACUAUAAACUCAUGUAUAAAAACAGUUGGUAGACUGUAAAUGGUAUCAGUAUCACACUGUACAUAUCUUGUCA